AUGUCCGUAACACCUCUGCCGCUGCCGCCACAAACUCGGCAUGUUGACCGGCAUGGCUACCUCUUCGGCCAGAAGAUCGCCGCCUCCAUGUCUCCGCUGUUCCACAAAACCAUUUACCAAGCCCUCGGGCUGCCAUGGGAACAAGUCCUACUAGACUCUGCCGACAUCCCGCAGUUUCUCGAACUCAUCAAGGAUCCAAAAUUCUAUGGCGCGUCAGUAACGAUGCCUAACAAAGUGGCCAUCAUGCCCUUCCUGGACGAGCUGACGCCAGAGUGUUGCGACGUCGGUGCCUGCAACACCAUUUAUUUGCGUGAAAAUGCCGAAGGAAAGCGCAUAUACUGCGGCACCAAUACCGACGUCAUCGGCAUAAGAGAGUCCUUCUAUCGGAACAUCGCCGACCCAGAUGCCGUGUUUCACGACAAGCCAGCCAUGGUCAUCGGGGGAGGCGGAGCGGCACGGAGUGCAGUCUACGCGCUGAGCAAGUGGAUGCGUGCUACGCAGAUUUAUUUCGUAAAUCGGGACCGUGAAGAGGUCGAGGCCGUCAUCGCUGAGUGCAAGGCGCGGGGGUAUGGACACCAGCUUGUGCAUGUCGAGACAGUGUCGCAGGCUGAGGCGGUCGAGGCACCAGGGGCCAUUGUGGCGUGCGUGCCGGACUUCCCGCCCAAGACGGCGGACGAAGUGAGGGCUAGGGCAACUAUCGAGGCGAUACUCCAAAAGGAGAGGAAGGGGGCCAUGUUGGAAAUGUGCUAUAACCCAAACCCGUACACGGAGCUUGGUGGCAUCGCGGAACGGGAGGGGUGGAACGUUAUCCUGGGCACCGAGGCGAUGAUCUGGCAGGGUCUGGAGCAGGAUAAGUACUGGACCGGUAUCGAAGUCAAAGACUUGCCGUUGAAGGAGGUCAGUGAAGUUAUAGCGGCCAAGUUGUCGCAGGCGUCUAAACUGUGA